GCCGGCAACUGCAACCAUGGGUGCCACCGAGCAGGAGAAGGACCAAGUCGCCAUGGAGAAGUACGGCUGCAAGUUCAGCGAGCUCAAGGACCCGCAGGAGCGCCAGAGCGUGGGCGGCACCAUCGGCGGCCGAAUGCGCGCGGGCGACAUGGUCAACCGCUCCGAUGACCCCGCGGACCACGGCACCGGCGGCGCCAGCGAGGAGGACAAGGACAAAGUCGCCAUGGAGAAGUACGGCUGCAAGUUCAGCGAGCUCAAGGACCCGCAGGAGCGCCAGAGCGUGGGCGGCACCAUUGGCGGCCGUAUGCGGCAGGCAGCCAUGACGACCCAGGGCGGCCAGGAGGGGGAGCAGCAGCAGGAGGGCGCGGAGGGGCAGGGGCAGUAGAAGGACGGAGGGGGUAGGAGGUGGCCGCGGGCGCGGGCGUGGACGUGACCAGGAGGAGGACAGCGGGAUGUUGCGUGGAGGUGGGGAGUUGGUAGGUGGAGGCGGCGGUGGACACGGCAAAGUCGUGUUGCAAUCCAAACCUUCCUGUAAUGCUUUAAGGCA